AACUCGAACAGAAUUGACGUUGGAAAAGUAGAGAGUAUCAUUACCGAUUUUACUAUCAUCGAGAAGAGUGCAAGAGGCGCGUCGAGCCGAGCAGUCCGCGAUUGCCCCUCCAUCAGCGUCGUGCUCCCGGAGAUAAGAGAAGAAACCACGAAGAAGUCGUCGAGGAAUCGGAAAGAGCGGGAACAAAAUGUCAAAACCUCACAUUGACCAAGAGGCAGACCAAAGCAGUCUGUCGCGUACCCUCAAGGACCUCUUUGCCGGUGCAGUCGGUGGAGUGGCACAAGUUCUUAUCGGUCAACCAUUCGAUAUUGUCAAAGUACGGUUACAAACCACAUCGCAAUACUCUGGUGCUCUGGAUGCAGCAACCAAGAUCUACCAAAACGAAGGAGCACUUGCAUUCUACAAGGGCACUCUGACACCCCUGAUUGGUAUUGGAGCUUGUGUUUCGAUUCAAUUUGGUGGCUUCCACUACGCACGCCGCGCCUUUGAAGCCAGUAACAUUGCCAAAACCGGAAAUGGACAACUAUCAUACUCCCAGUACUAUGCGGCCGGAGCAUUCGCUGGGAUCGCCAAUACAGCCUUCUCAAGUCCCAUUGAGCACAUUCGUAUAAGGCUCCAGACACAACCUCACGGUGCAAAUCGCCUGUACAACGGCCCGAUCGACUGCGUCCGCAAGCUGUCGGCACAUCAGGGCGUCCUUGGUGGCGUAUACCGCGGCACUGCUGUCACAUUCCUGCGAGAAGCACAGGCCUAUGGAUGCUGGUUCACUGCUUUCGAGUACCUCAUGAAUGCAGACGCAGCCCGCAACAACAUCGACCGGUCUCAAAUUUCUACCUUGAAGGUUGCUGCCUAUGGUGGUCUUGCUGGCGAAGUACUCUGGAUCAGCAGCUAUCCAUUCGAUGUGGUCAAGAGCAAGAUGCAAAGUGACUCGUUCGGCGCGGAGCAAAAGUACAAAAGCAUGAGGGAUUGCUUUGCUAAGACCUAUAGGGCAGAGGGCCUGGGAGGGUUCUGGAGAGGCAUUGGACCGACCUUGCUAAGGGCAAUGCCCGUUUCGGCGGGUACAUUUGCAACGGUCGAGGUUACAAUGAGGCUGAUUAGCUGAAAGGAAGAUUUUUAAUCUUUCGCAUUACGAGGAGGGGGGGGGGUGGUUCGAUCAACAAGCACUCGCUCGCAACGGCGAAAACGACAAACGUAUUUAUUCCAGAGUCAGGGUCGUUCAAUUCAGGUUUUGAUGCUUGUUUCUGCGGAUCCAGAGCCACCCGUCUUGGACGAUUCUGGAGUUGACGAACAUUGCCGUCUAUAUAAGACUUGAACAUUUCGUAUUCCUAAGUUCAACACUUCUCUCGAAAUACAUUAGUUUCGUGCGU